AUGGCGAGCACAUUCUACUUCCGCAUGACCAAAGGCGGCGUCUCGUCGGCGCAAAGUCCCAAUACUUGCUCAGUGGCAAGCGGUACUGGCGAGGUAUUUAUGAGGAGCUAUCGGCAAAAGUAUAAGACCUUGACGAAAGGCACGGAUCUGGCUGGACCGGAGGAGAACGCCGCCGCCAUCAAAGUCUGGGAGUACCUCAAGCUGGCUUGGUGGUGGGGGACUGUCGGCUUUUGCGAGUGGACCACCUUCGCCUGGUUCACCACCUUGUUCCAAUUCAUUGUGGGACUCGUGUUGGCCUAUGAGCUCAUCGUCCGCAUGCGUCGGCUCGACAAUCAGGAGAACGACGACGACUUGAUCUUCUCUGUACCUCUCACGGAGCCUUUCCCGGUCGAGGUGGACGACGAAGCGGACAAUGUGGACUUCGCUGCGCGUCUCAGCGUACCUCCGCCAGCGGAGCUCGGCGACAAACAGCGCGAACUUUCUUCGACAGAUGUCUCUGCACCUAAAGAUGGCGGGGGCCAAACUCCUGACCCAAACCUUUGCUCGACGACCAGAUCGCCCAGCCUGAGAAUGCCCGUUGACAGACUCGGACGUCCACGGCGUGUUCAUUAUCUCAUCUCGGCGCUCACUGCAUACUCGAUCGUCGUCAUCGGCAUCACUGCAGUGGACCUCGACGUGAUCAGCAAAAGUCCUGAAGCCCUUGCCCCGGCUUUCUAUCACCACAAUCUUGCCACCGGCUGGCUUAAUAUCCGAGCAGUAGCGGACGAGGGGCGAACGCAGUUUCGGUUGGACAGUACGACAUCCAUCUCCAGGAGGGGCGGUCCAGCAACCCACUGGCCGUGCCACGGACUCGUCACGGCUACAUGCGCAGAGCAAGCGACGGCGCGGCCGAUGAACAAGAGGAGACUCUGCGACCCGAGGACGAUGGCUUUGCGAGCCUCUCCAGCCCAACUCGGCUCGUACCUCGAUCACAAGGCCGACGAGGACCCGCCAACAUGACGCAGACCCAGGUGUCGUCCUUUUUUUGAAUCCGAGCCCGUCCUCGAAUCCCAGUACAGAGUCGCGAUGCGUCCAAAAAAGAACUAUGGACCACCUUGCUAGUAUCAUGG